AUGUAUGGACUUGCCUUAUACCUUUCCAUUGUGUUUGGAAUAUUGUUAUUCCCAUUCCUCAUACCCAUCAGAUCAAAGAAUGCCACUCAUCGAAUAUUGAAAAGAAUCCUUACCAUCACAUUUAUCUUAUCUUUACUAGCAGCAAUAGCACCCGAAACCGCAAGAAUAGGAGCUCCUUUCCACAAAUAUGGGCCAUCAAAAAUUGCAUUUUUUGGAUGUAACUAUCAAAUACAAUUGACUACAGCUCGCUUCUGUGAACUUAACUCAACUUUUGAAUGGUGUUACUGUAACAACUUCGAUGCGUUUGCCACCAUUGCUCAUUGUUAUCAAGAGGGCCAUCCAGAUCAAGUAAGGUCGUUGUUGGAAAUGUGUCAACAAUACAAUAGAGCAAUUACCCGUGACACAUUGGUCAAUGCUUAUGCCUAUUAUGAUAGUCAUGCAAAAUCGAUUCAGGAUAUUCCCAAUUUUCAGCCAAACACAAUUGUUGACUUCCCUGUAAAGUUGAACACAACGGAAACGUACCUUUUCAAGGAUGCUUACGACAAUUUUUUGGGGAAUUUUGACUUGUCCAUUGAUUAUGGAGCAUAUUUGGUUCUUUACUGGGUCGUUGUGUUUACCUUGGCUUCAGUUGGUAAUUGGUCAAAAAUUCAUUUUCAUGGGGUAAACAGAAAGUUGACUGAUCCUUUUUCUAACUGGUUUAGAAAGUUGAUCUCAUUACCUGCAACUGGUCGCAAGAGAAAGACCAACGAAAGACGAUUUGCUUUCGUGUUGGACCUUUUGGUCCCAACAAGAGCCGAAACAUUAAUAUUGACAACAUUUUUGGGCUUGUCUUUAUAUUUAUUGAACAAAAACAUUGGUUAUAUUGAAGGUGAUCCCUUAUUUCCUAGCAAGAAAUUGGCAUAUCUCAGGCAUUACGCAGUCCGGGCAAGCAUAUUAUCCAGCUCCAUGAUGCCCUUGCUCAUACUUUUUGGAGGCCGAAAUAAUUUUUUGCAAUGGGUUACUAGGUGGGAUUACUCGACAUUUAUCACAUUGCAUAGAUGGAUAUCAAGACUAGUUGUUGUGUUUAUCAUCAUACACUCAUUCAAUUACGGCGAGUAUAUGAGGAUUAGAGGGGCAGAGGUUCAGCCUUACAUUUAUUAUGGGGUCGCAGGUACCUAUGCCGGAAUUGUGAUCUUAAUUCAGGGACUAUUGGUUUUGCGAAGAAAGUGGUAUGAGGCGUUUUUAUUAAUUCAUAUUGUGUUUGCUGCUAUUUUCAUCUUUGGAGCUUGGAUUCAUGUCGAGCAAUUAUAUUGUGUAUGGUUCUACUAUGUAUCAGCUAUGAUCUGGGCUUUUGACCGAAUUAUCAGAGUUUGCCGGCUUUGGUCUUUUGGCUUUCCUGAAGCUAAAGUAUACCUUCUAGCAGAUGACACGUUGAAGAUAAGAGUACCAAAACCGCUUGAUUGGGAGGCGGUCCCUGGUGGACAUGCCUUCAUACACUUUUUGCGUCCAAGCUGUUUCUGGCAAUCGCAUCCGUUCACAUACACAGCUACGGAUGACGAAAUAGUGUUAUUCAUCAAAGUCAAGAAAGGUGUGACCCAGUCAAUGUCCAAUUACUUACAAACUCACAAGGACAAAUACACAAAGAUUCGUGUUGCCAUCGAAGGGUCGUACGGAGAACUGACACCAGCUGAUAAAUACAGUACUGCUGUGUUUGUAGCUGGAGGUAACGGGAUACCAGGUAUUUAUGCUGAAGCCAUGGACUUGAUGAAGCGAGAUUCAAAACAUAGAGUAAAGUUGGUGUGGGUAGUGAGGGAAUUUGCGUCCUUGUUUUGGUUUUAUGAGGAGUUGUUGCAGCUACGAGGCAAAGAUGUUGACACCACAAUUUAUGUCACGAGACCAAACAUUCCUAUAAAAGCGGAUGAUUUCUACCGACGGGUCAAGUCACUUGAGACUGAUGGCUUACUUGACAAUAAUGAGUUAACACCAUUAACUAAAGUCCCCAAAAGGGGGUUGGAAACAGGAGAUAAUUCAUACCUGCUCACACCAUCCGAUGAGGAGAUUGAGUUUGACCUGAAAAUUAAGCAAGAGUUGGCGCAUAUAUCGUUUGUUGAGUCUAGACCGGACAUUAACGAAAUUGUAGUAACAAGCAUAGAGGAAUCAAUGGGAUCGGUAUGCUUUGUUACAUGUGGGCACCCUGCUAUGGUUGAUGAUUUGAGAGCAUCUGUGGUAUGCCAUAUAAAUAAUCCAGAUCGUAAGCGGAUCGACUAUUUCGAGCAGUUACAAGUUUGGGCCUAA